GUGAGAAAAGUGUGUGCGGAGGGAAAGUAAAGCAGGAGCGCGCAGAAUCGAGCUGACGGAAGUCUAGUGCCCACUCCUCCCUUCAAUACUUGUCUGUGUCCCUGAGCAGAGUGGCUGGGACAGGCCCAGAGAUGUGGGAUCUUGAAAGACUGAGGGAUAAACUUUGACCUGAGAUUUGCCUGGCAGACUGGCGAGCAGUGGAGCGAGCAGGGGUCUCCUGAGACAGUGCACGCUCCUUAGGUUUCUGCUGUGCACCACUGGCCUCUGCCCACUUUCUCCAGGCACUGCCUUCCUGCGUGAUGGCAGAGACGGUGGCAGAGGCAGCUGAGAUGCCAACACAGUCACCAGGAGCAGUGGAAGCUUCCGCACCUCUGUCCGGAGAGCUGGCGGACAUGACAACAGCAGUCACUGACCUGACCUCAGGGGAGGCCCUGGCCUCGUCCCUCUUCUUCCAGCACCACCAGUUCAUGUGCUCCGAGUGCGGCAGCCUCUACAACACCCUGGAGGAGGUCCUGGCCCACCAGGAGCAGCACCUGCCCGUGGUAGCAGAGGAGGACACACAGGCCGCCCAGGACUUGGGCCUGGGGCCGGAGCUGGUGCCUGGCGCUGCAGAGGGGCCUUUCCAGUGUGGUGAAUGCAGUCAGCUCAUCCUCUCUCCGAGCGAGCUCCUGGCCCACCAGGACGCCCACCUGCAGGAGGCCGCAAGCCAGAUCCAGUACCAGUGUGGAGACUGCCGGGAGCUCUUCCCCUCCCCCGAGCUGUGGGUAGCUCACCGCAAGACGCAGCACCUUUCCAGCAGCGCCGCCGAGCCUCCCCCCGCCGUGCCCUCAGAAGUCAAGAUGGAGCCGUACGAGUGUCCCGAGUGCUCCGCCCUCUGUGCCACCCCCGAGGAGUUCCUGGAGCAUCAGGGCACCCACUUUGACUCCCUGGAGAAGGAAGAGCGCAAUGGGUUGGAAGAGGAGGAGGAGGAGGAGGAGGAGGAGGAGGAGACCGAUGAGGAGGAAGCCGCUGCAGAGCUUCCUGCUGGCGACAAGGCAGAAGACAAGCGCACAGCUGACCUGGUUCAGAGCUGUGGGGAUUGUUCGCAGCACCGCCCUGCUUCAGGGGCGCGCCGCAGACACCGCCGGGCAUCAGGCCCCGCGUCAGCCCCCCACCCGUUCCACUGCAGCCAGUGCCAACGCAGCUUCAGCUCUGCUAACCGGCUGACGGCGCACGGCCGGGCUCACGUGGGCGGCACCCACGAGUGCACCGCCUGCUCCAAGGUCUUCAAGAAGGCGGCCUCUCUGGAGCAGCACCAGCGGCUGCACCUCGGAGAGGCCCGCUAUCUCUGUGUGGACUGUGGCCGCGGCUUCGGCACGGAGCUCACACUGGUGGCCCAUCGGCGGGCCCAUACCGCCAACCCAUUGCACCGCUGUCGCUGUGGCAAGACCUUCAGCAACAUGACCAAGUUCCUCUACCACCGACGAACUCAUGCUGGGAAAAGUGGAACCCCCAGCCGGGUGGCAGCCGUCUCCCCAGCUCCUGCUGAGCCCACACCUUCACCUCCACCCCCCGCCGCCCAGCUGCCCUGUCCACAGUGCCCCAAGUCCUUUGCCUCAGCCUCCCGGCUCUCCCGGCACCGGCGCGCAGUUCACGGCCCCCCGGAACGUCGGCACCGCUGUGGGGUCUGUGGCAAGGGCUUCAAGAAGCUGGUUCACGUACGCAACCACCUUCGGACCCACACGGGCGAGAGGCCCUUCCAGUGUCACUCCUGCGGCAAGACCUUUGCCUCUUUGGCCAACCUCGGCCGCCACCAGCUGACCCACACGGGGGUGCGUCCCUACCAGUGCCUGGACUGCGGCAAGCGCUUCACGCAGAGCUCCAACCUGCAGCAGCACCGGCGGCUGCACCUCCGGCCCGUGGCCUUUGCGCGUGCCCCUCGCCUCCCCAUCACCGGGCUGUACAGCAAGAGCCCGUACUACUGCGGGACUUGCGGCCGCUGGUUCCGGGCCAUGGCGGGCCUCCGGCUGCAUCAGCGGGUCCAUGCCCGGGCCAGGACUUUGACGCUCCAGCCUCCCAGGUCACCCUCUCCGGUCCCGCCUCCGCCCCCUGAACCGCAGCAGACUAUCAUGUGCACGGAGCUUGGCGAGACCAUCGCCAUCAUCGAGACGUCCCAGCCCCUGGCGCUGGAGGACACAUUGCAGCUCUGCCAGGCAGCCCUGGGGGCCAGCGAGGCCAGUGGGCUGUUACAGCUGGACACGGCCUUUGUGUGACAAAACUCGAGAGCAGGGACAGAAAGGUCACAAGGUUGAGUCUAGGCACUCGGGAGAGGAGGACCCCUCCGGCAAGCUAAUCUGGUACCCACCCAUCAGAAUCCAGCCCACUGGCCUCUUGUAACUUCUGACUCCUCAGAACAGGGACAGGCCUCCCAGAGGUCUCCUGUCACCUUCCUCUGCCCAGGGUGACUCUGAGGCCCUGAGAAGUGACAUGAGCUCUCAGCCCUGCUGCUGCCUUGCAGAACAGGGUUUGCCAAGGCUCUUUGCAUCGGCUGGUGCUCAGCAACAGCAGGUAACCUCUACGGCGCACCAACCGCGUGCCAGACCUGUGCCAGGCGCUCACAUACCUCCUCAGACCUUCUGAUUGUAACCCGCCCCCGGUCCUGCGCUGGGCUGGGCCUGGGGUCUAGCUGUGUCUGGCUCGGGAAGGCACUUAGUUUCUGUGGCCUUCCUCUCAGUCUUGACAGUAUGAAGAGAAAUCUGUACGUACCCGUCACCCCAGUGCUCAGCUCAGACAGGGUGACGCUGACCCAGGAAGGAGCCACAGCUCUGCUCAGCCCGGCCGGAGCAGCAGUCUGAAGUACAGACAGCUCGCCACGAAGCGGACAGUGCCUGUGGCUCAUUCAGCCCGUGUGUCCACAGAUUCUCUGGCACGUGCCAUGUCCCUGGGGCUAGAGGCUCGUCGGGUCUCGGGGUUCCUGGCCUGCUAGAGACUCACUAGUGGUGCCAGUUCCUGAACUGCCCAUGCCAGAGGAGAGCAUUAUUUCAGGCAAGCCGUCCAGGCAGGGCUGCAGGGCACACCCAACCAGGGCAGCGCUGGGCAGGGCUGCAGGGCACACCCAACCAGGGCAGCGCUGGGCAGGACGCUCAGCACUGAGAUAGACGUGGGUGUCCUCCAUGUUGUACAAGUAAGGAAACAGGACAGGACAGAGGGCUGCCGAAGGCCUUUAGCUGGCUGGAGGUGUUCAUGUUAGAGCACCGUGCUUAGGCCCGUCUGCAUGGCUGAGGAACACCGGAACCCCAAGCAGCAGAAGGGACUUCUGCCCCCCAGAGAAGGCAGUGUCAUGAUUAUUUGGGAUCUGGGCGCCCAUGGAAACAGGAAGGGGUCCCAUCUUCAUAGAGUGUCCUUCCCUGCCCUAAGCAUAUGGAGGUUAACUGAGGUCGGUUGGCAGGUCUUACUCGGGCCUCUGCAGACUGCGACACUCCAAGUGAAGCAGAAUGGGGCUCAGCAGGUGAAGGCAGUGUCACAGGAAGGGUGGGGCAGGCUCGCAGCAGUCCAGGAAAGGUUGAAUUGUCAGCAGGCGAGACCACCUUGGUGACUGGAGUCAGCCAGGAGGCGACAGCGACACUGGGUCCGUCCAUCCCCUAACGUAAACCUGCCAUGCUCACCCUACUUCCGAACUGGUUUGAGGAAAGGAGGGUAAGCUCUGUCCUGCAGGGCAAAAAGGUUCCCCUGGGGCUGAUGUAAGCAUCUCGCAGAGCUCAGAAUCUUGGGACCCCCCUCACAGACAUGUCCCAAAUUUCCUUUUUGUGUAUGAGUAGAAUCCAUCAGGAGAACCCAAAGAUGUCCCCUCCCUUUCUGGAGCCUCCCACCCACUCACUGCUUGUGGAGAUAGCACUUCUUUCUGCCCAUGGUCCCCGCCAUCUGGCUCUAGCAUAUUUUAAAAGUCAAGGGAAAGAGCCAGGCAAGGUGGCACAAGCCUGCCCUCCAGUAUUUGGGAGCCUGGGGCCACUUUCCAACACCCCUAAGAGAAGUGAAGCAAGUGCUCGCCCCUUCAGACAGGAGCAAGCCUGGGCAGCCUCCUGCCCACACAUGCCCCCGGCCUCGGAGUCCACAGGCAGUUAGAUACUGGCCAGAGGGACUCUCCAGCCAGGACCCCGGAGCACUGGGCUAGGACACACUCCUGUGUUCAGGUCCUGACUCUGCAGCACUCUGCAGCUGGGGUUCUGAGCACUCUGGAGCCCAGUCUCACUGAUCACCCGGGAGGCUCCAUGUCUGUGGUAGAUAAGGUUUGCGGCUUCUCAGUGUCCCCCAGCCCAAGGUGCAGCUCCCUCCAAACCCUGAGCCCUGUCACCUCUGCAGAAACAGGCAGCCAGACAGGAAGAAGGGUUUCAUGCCAAUAAUUUAUUGAACGGAGGUCUGUACACAGGCAAACCUUACUGUGAAAACUAAGACACCAGGGGCUCUCCCUAGUCCCCUCCUUACAGGAUGGGGUGAGGGAGGAAGCCUUGGGAGCAGAAGACAGGAGGGGAAGUACAGCUGAGGGAGAGGGCACGUUGGAUG